CUCCCUUCCACUCCAGUAACAGUUUUCUUCCCCUUUUUCCCUCUUCGAUACGGUUUCUCCAGAUCAGAUUUGUCCCCCUUUCGAUUUCGUGAAGAAGCCCUAGAUUGGGGAGCGGGCAUCGGCUUCUCUCGGUUUGAUUUUCUCUCAUUCCUUUAGAUUGUUUAUUGUGGUCUAGAUUGGGAGAAGGGGAAGAAUCAGAGAGGCGGAGAGAGUGUGAUCCAUCGGGGUGGACGAGAAACAGAGGAGGCAGGGCGCCUGAGAUCUUUGCUGUAUGUCAGUGGAUUGUGUUGAGACUUACUGUUGUAGAAUUGGCGAGCUUAAGAAUCCAUUGCAAUGGCCCCAGCUACGAAAAAAGCGACGUUUUCAAGUGAUCUUUGCUGCCAUGCGGGUGGUGCCGGUUCUACUUCCGUUCCUCGAGAGGCCGCCCCUGUUGUUGCUUCCGCCAAUGCCGUCCAAGAUUGGAGUCUGUCCUCCAACGAUCGCCGUACUAAGAAAGUUGCCAUGCCGUCGUUGAUUCGUCCCGUCGAUGCGAUUCCUGAACCUUCCACAAAUGCUUCUACCAAAGGUGUUCCCCCAAUGUUGAGGGCACAAUCAAGACAUCCUCUGGAUCCGCUAUCAGCUGCUGAAAUCUCUGUUGCUGUGGCCACUGUCAGGGCAGCUGGAGCCACGCCUGAGGUCAGAGAUAGCAUGCGUUUUAUUGAAGUGGUGUUACUGGAACCAGAAAAACAUGUUGUUGCAUUGGCAGAUGCAUAUUUUUUCCCACCAUUCCAACCAUCUUUGCUUCCCAAGACUAAGGGAGGACCCUUUAUUCCCACAAAGCUCCCUCCAAGAAGGGCAAGGAUUGUUGUUUACAAUAAGAAGUCAAACGAGACAAGCAUAUGGAUUGUUGAGCUGUCGGAGGUUCAUGCAGUAACACGUGGUGGACAUCACAGGGGAAAAGUUAUAUCUUCUACAGUUGUUCCUGAGGUUCAGCCUCCCAUGGAUGCUGAAGAAUAUGCAGAAUGUGAGGCUAUUGUUAAAGAAUAUCCUCCAUUCAUAGAGGCUAUGAAGAAGAGGGGUAUUGAAGAUAUGGAUUUGGUUAUGGUUGAUCCUUGGUGUGUUGGAUAUCACAGUGAUGUAGAUGCUCCUGGUCGAAGACUUGCUAAACCUCUUAUAUUCUGUAGAACUGAAAGUGACUGUCCAAUGGAAAAUGGUUAUGCUCGCCCAGUUGAGGGCAUACAUGUCCUUGUCGAUAUGCAAAACAUGGUGGUUAUAGAAUUUGAAGACCGCAAACUUGUUCCACUACCUCCUGCUGACCCAUUGAGAAACUACACUUCAGGUGAAACAAGGGGUGGUGUUGAUCGUAGUGAUGUGAAACCCAUACAAAUAGUUCAGCCUGAAGGCCCGAGCUUUCGUGUCAAUGGCUACUAUGUUGAAUGGCAAAAGUGGAAUUUUCGCAUUGGCUUCACUCCCAGGGAGGGUUUGGUUAUAUACUCUGUAGCUUAUGUUGAUGGCAGUAGAGGACGAAGGCCAGUGGCACAUCGAUUAAGUUUUGUGGAAAUGGUCGUACCCUAUGGAGAUCCAAAUGAUCCACAUUAUAGAAAGAAUGCUUUUGAUGCAGGAGAGGAUGGACUUGGGAAGAAUGCACAUUCUCUGAAGAAGGGAUGUGAUUGUCUGGGUUACAUAAAGUAUUUUGAUGCUCACUUUACAAAUUUCACGGGUGGCGUUGAAACAAUUGAAAAUUGUGUUUGCAUGCACGAGGAGGAUCAUGGAAUUCUGUGGAAGCAUCAAGACUGGAGGACUGGGUUGGCAGAAGUUAGAAGAUCUAGGCGUCUGACAGUGUCCUUUAUUUGUACUGUGGCUAAUUAUGAGUAUGGAUUCUUCUGGCACUUCUAUCAGGAUGGAAAAAUUGAAGCUGAAGUCAAAUUGACUGGAAUUCUCAGCCUAGGAGCGUUGCAGCCUGGUGAAUAUAGAAAGUAUGGCACAAUGAUUGCACCGGGUUUAUAUGCACCAGUGCAUCAACAUUUUUUUGUUGCUCGUAUGGACAUGGCUGUUGAUUGCAAGCCUGGUGAGGCUUUCAACCAGGUUGUUGAGGUGAAUUUGAAAGUUGAAGGACCUGGGGAGAACAAUGUUCACAACAAUGCUUUCUACGCUGAAGAGACAUUGCUAAAGUCUGAACUGCAAGCCAUGCGUGAUUGUAGUCCUUUGACUGCUCGCCAUUGGAUUGUGCGUAAUACUAGAGCUGUUAAUCGAACUGGACAGUUAACAGGGUUCAAGCUAUUACCUGGUUCAAAUUGUUUGCCUUUAGCUGGUUCAGAGGCCAAGUUUCUUAGAAGAGCUUCUUUCUUGAAGCAUAAUCUUUGGGUGACUCAAUAUUCACGUGAUGAAAUGUUUCCUGGAGGGGAAUUCCCUAAUCAGAAUCCACGUGUCGGUGAAGGAUUGUCUACAUGGGUCAAGCAGGAUCGACCUUUAGAGGAAACUGAUAUAGUCCUUUGGUAUGUAUUUGGCAUCACGCAUGUUCCUCGGUUGGAAGACUGGCCUGUUAUGCCGGUGGAUCGCAUCGGCUUUACCCUCAUGCCUCAUGGGUUCUUCAACUGUUCUCCUGCUGUUGAUGUCCCCCCCAGUGCUUGUGAAUUAGAUUCAAAAGAUUCCGAUGCUAAAGAAAAUGUGGUGUCUAAACCAAUUCAGACCCCGAUUAUAUCGAAGCUUUGAAGUAUGCUACAUCGCUUUACAGACUUCAAAUUUAUGUUUGCUUUUCGUCUCUUAGUCAAGUGGAUUGUAUUCCCUUGUUUAUAAACCCCGAACUCGUUUUUCUUUUCAGUAGUACGAUUUUCUAGUUUGCUACACGCUUUGAAUGUUACAAUGUGCAUAUUUAUGAUUUUCACAAUAAAUCGUAUCUACACAGUUCUUUUUC